CAGAAUGGCAUGAUUCAAUUAAUUAUUGACUAGAGAGCAAGAUACGAUGCACUUACUCUGUCAGGCUACGGGUUAGGAGUAAUGAAUAAACAACAUCCAUCGGCUGUUGCUGCGGUUCCUGUGCCGUUGCGUUGACUGUGGAGAUCGCGAUUCUUGCGGGGUUUGGAGGCGUUCCUUUUCCCCUGCUGCGUCCAGUCUACUCUAUUUCUAAUUAUUUCGCUUCUCUCUCCUUUCUUUUUUCUUCUUCUUAACUCUCCACUCCUUCUCCCAUCCAGUCUCUCCCUCCCUCUCUGUCUCUGUCCCUAUCCGGUCUCUUCCAUCAUGUCUGCCUCUGCUCUCCUCAAGAGCCGUGUCAGACGGCCAUCCUACCUUAGCAAGUUGGCUAAGGCUGAAGACCUGAUCGGUCUUUUCCCCAAUGGCUCCUACGUCGGUUGGUCCGGCUUCACCGGUGUUGGCUAUCCCAAGAAAGUUCCCGCGGCCAUUGCCGACCAUGUCGAGAAGAACAACCUCCAAGGGAAGCUGAAGUAUCAUCUCUUCGUCGGUGCCUCGUCCGGUGCUGAGACUGAAGGCCGGUGGGCAUCCCUGAACAUGAUCGAGCGCCGUAGUCCGCACCAGGUUGGCAAGGAGAUCGCCCGCGGCAUCAACAACGGCAAUAUCAACUUUUUCGACAAGCAUCUGAGCAUGUUCCCCUCGGAUCUGGUUUAUGGCUGGUAUACUAAGGACAAGCCCGGCAACAAGCUCGAUGUCGCCGUCAUUGAGGCCACCGCCAUCACCGAGGAGGGCGGAAUCGUUCCCGGUGCAUCCGUUGGUGCGUCUCCUGAACUCGUCCAGAUGGCGGAUAAGGUCAUCAUCGAGGUCAACACUGCCACUCCGUCGUUUGAGGGUCUGCAUGAUAUCGUUCUGUCCGACCUUCCUCCGGGCCGCAAGCCCUUUAUGGUUAUGAACCCCGAGGAUCGUAUCGGAAAGCACUACAUCCCCGUGGAUCCAGAGAAGGUUGUCGCCAUUGUCGAAUCUGAUUACGCCGACCGGACGCCACCAAACUCGCCGGAGGAUGAGACCUCCCAGGCCAUUGCCAACAACCUCAUUGAGUUCUUGGAGCACGAAGUCAACCACGGCCGCCUGCCGAAGAACCUCCUGCCCAUCCAGUCUGGUAUCGGAAACAUCGCCAACGCUGUCGUGGGAGGUCUGAGCAAGGCUGGUGAUAAGUUCCAGAAUCUCAAGGUGUGGACCGAGGUCUUGCAGGAUACUUUCCUGGAUUUCUUCGACAGCGGUAACCUCGAUUUUGCCACGGCCACUUCUAUCAGGCUCUCGCCUGAAGGGUUCAAGCGCUUCUACGACAACUGGGACCAGUAUGCUCCCAAGCUUCUGCUGCGUUCCCAGUUGGUCUCCAACUCCCCCGAGAUCAUCCGUCGGCUGGGCUGCAUCGGUAUGAAUACCCCUGUCGAGGUUGACAUCUACGCCCAUGCCAACAGCACCUGUGUGAUGGGCUCGCGCAUGCUGAACGGUCUGGGUGGAUCUGCCGAUUUCCUGCGUAACUCCAAGUACAGUAUUAUGCACACUCCCAGCUCGCGGCCCAGCAAGACCGACCCGACUGGUCUGUCUUGUGUUGUGCCGUUCUGCAGUCACAUUGACCAGACAGAGCACGAUCUGGAUGUUAUUGUUACUGAGCAGGCAUGUUCCCCCCCUUUUCUUUUCUUUUCUUUUCUUUUUUUUUUUUUGGAGUACGAAGUCUAACAAUGUAUAGGGUCUGGCCGAUGUCCGUGGUCUCGCUCCCCGCCAGCGGGCCCGUGUGAUCAUCAACAAAUGCGCGCACCCCGAGUACAAGCCCAUCCUGACGGACUACCUGGACCGGGCUGAGUUCGAGUGCCUGAAGAAGGGUAUGGGCCACGAGCCGCACCUGCUCUUCAACGCGUUCAAGAUGCACAAGAACCUGGCUGAGAAGGGAACGAUGAAGAUCGACUCUUGGGAGUAGAUGUUUUUUUCUUUUUUCUUUUUCGAUCGUUUUUGUGUAAAUGUACUUGCACAGGAUCUUAGUUCAUUCGGUGUACGGUUGGCGAGUACUGCAUGGGUGUUUUUGAUUUGAGAAAUUCAUAUGCUCCGGGCAACUGUAUUUUAGGUUCUUGUACAUACUAGAAUGAUGUUUAUUG